UGAAAACUCCAGAUUAGUCACUUUGAGUUCAACAGAUACAAAACAAUCAGAAAAGGUCAGAACUCUUCACAAAACACCGUUUUGAAGUGUGUCGGGGGAAAUUGAGGAAUUUGAAGCAGAUCUCGAGCUGCUUCACAAGCAGCUGGAAGAUGGAAAGAAAAUCAAUUAGGCAGUGAUUGAUGCUCUCAAUCAAGCAGACACCCUCAAACCUUCUGGCCACAGAAGAUUGAAAUCCAUCCAUCCCAGAUGAUCAUAUCUCCCAAAAGAAGAACCCAUAUAUGGAAUAAUGGGGAGAACUAGAAUGGGAUUUUCUCUUUCUCUUCUGCUAUAUUUUCUUCAACUCUACAGAGCUAGAGGUGAUCAUUGCACCAGCCUUCCACUGAAGGGUCUUACUUGCUACAAUGACUAUGAUCAUACCAUCACCUGUGUGUGGAACGAGUCACCUGUCUGUGAUCAUACAGAUGAUGUGUGCACAGUGCAAGCAGAACAAGUUCCAGAACCGAAUGAUUCAGAGCCCUACAGGACUUCCUGUGACUUAAAACCAUUUGAUGCCUUGAACUCAGCUUCUAAAAGCUUCUCUCUAGUCUUCGAAGAGGAUUAUAUUUUUAUGUCCUCUGAUGUGUUAUCCGUUAAGGCGAACUGCACACAUUCAAAACAAAUUCAAAACAUGUUCUACAAGCCUUCGAGUCACAUUAAGUUGAAUCCACCAGGAAAACCCAAUGUAAACCAGACUACUGUGACGUGGUUUACACAAGUUAAAGAGCAUGACGUAAUUACACAAUUCCAGUCCCAGCUACAGUGGAAACAAAAAGAUAAGUCAUGGAAUGAUCCUUCUGUUCAGACUAAACAGAAGGAUCGGUGCGAAAGGUCCUGUGAGGUGCAGCUGGAUCCCAGUUUGCUCAUAAGAGACGAGACUUAUGAAGCGCGUGUUCGCGUGAAAGUCUCUGAAGAAGCUCUAAAUGGGAUCUGGAGUGAUUGGAGCCCCACAGAGUCAUGGGUGUCACCAGUGGGAACACAGAAACCAAUAUCAGAGUAUGGGUAUGGGAGUUACAAGAACUGGUGUUUUAACCCUGGCAGCGAUGGGUCUUUUACUCACUGGUGUGGUCCUGAUAAUACGUAAAAAGACACUGAUCUACAUGGUGAAGAGUUUUAAAGGUCCACCCUUACCAGACCCUGGGAAAUCUGACAUCUUCCAGGACUGGUUUACUCUGAAUUCUAAAGACAAAGGGGAUUCUCUUGGAUCAAAACCGGAGAGAUCUGCAGUCCAGACUUGGUUAGGGUCUCACUUUACCAGUGAAAAUGUCCAGUCUUUCUUUAGCUCAGUGGACAUUGUCCCUUAUGAAGUAACCUCCACCGUGGAUGCCGUGCAGUUCUGCAAGCCAACUGUAAAAAUUAUUACAGAAAGCAACAAUUACAACUCGAGCUGCUCCAGCUUCUCCAACCCCAGUUACUCUGAGCUGUGUACUUCUUCUUGUGUACCUACUGAUAAACUGCAGGCCUGUGCAGUUGAUGCCCCCUACAAGCCUGUUGGGGGCCAAGCUGAAGAAAAAAACACUGAACAUGACAGUGAAUUAGUGGCAAAAAAAGAUUCAGAAAUGGUCAAGUUACUGUUAAUGAGUGGUAAUGAAAAGGUGUCAGUGGUUGUUUCAGACUAUGAGAAGGUUAAAAAGCAACAGGCCGAGCGCCACAGGCUCCACAGUGUAGAUUCAGGCAUGUGCAGUUGUGAAGAAGUCAGUCAGGAAAGCAUGGAAGCAGACAGCAUCAAUAUGAGUUAUGGACAAGAUGAGGAGACACCCCACAAGGGACAAAUAGAGGAGGAAGACAAGGAAGGGAAUGAGAAAAAGUUUGAUUUCCAGACAUUGUUUGGAGGCAGCGGGAGCAUCUUGGGCAAAAACUCUAUCCAGAUUUGUUCAGGUUAUAAAAAAAUCCCAGGGCUGCAACCUUCAGGUUGGCAAGAUGUUAGCAUGACAGCUGAGGAGAGACAGGAAGAUAGAACAGACGAGGAAGAUAAGCCCUCUGAAAUGACUUGUUUCCUUUUCCCUCCUCAUCCUCCCAUCACCCUACCACAGCAGCACUUAAACAUCUGUGAGUCAACUAGGAGUCCAUUCUUACCAUCUCUCCAUGUUAAUGACUUCCUUAAGCAGAUUGCUCUUUCAGGUAGUGCACAGCAGCAGUCCUGUGAUGAUGGCUACAUGCCGGUGAGGCAGAAAGAGACCUGAUAAUGGGCAGCAGAUCUUAUAUUACAGUCAGAUAUACCAUAACAUUAUUUUCAGGAAUUUAUCCAGUGCUCAAUGUACUAACGGAAGAUGACAGUUUUAAUGAAUGUAUUUUCUCAUUUUGAUACUAGUGUAUUUACCAGUAUAUACAUCAUAUACCUCAUGCACCUUUUCCUCCUUUUGGCACCUUCUUUUGGUUAUUGAGCCAAUGUGACACGUGAAUUUCUCCACUGUGAGAUCAAUAAAGUCUAUCUUAUCUUAUGAAAUACGAGACAUAACCAACAUGCUAUUUGAAUAUGAUAAUGUCUUUCAUUGAUCUUGCUCAUUAAAACAGCUGAGAUGUGUCAAUCUGGAUGCUGAACCGUUGUAUGUCUAAAAAAAAUUGCAUGUUAAUGUGAAUUAUGUUUGUACAACAGACACUUUUCACAGUUGUUCUUCGAUUUCUAAGCAAUGAAGGUUUUUACUGCUCAUAUUAGUCAUUACUAUCUGUAGUUCCUCUGAUGUGAAUCAGACAGAUUAAAUCUCUGAGCUCAGGGUGCAGUAACUUAAGUCAGAAAAUGUAAUUUCAUUACAAUGACGGUGUUGUUUUCUUAAGAAGUCAAUUUUUAAAGCUUUUAUACAAACAGUAUUGUAGCGUUUCUAGUUUAUCUUCUUCCUUUCUUUCAGUCACAAUGAAUGCAAUGCAUUUCUGUUGGAUAUGGCAUAGUGUCAGUAAAGAUAAGACGUCUUUUGAUGAUGUCCUGCAAGAAGUUUAACAGAUCUUUUAAUUUAUUUAUUUGGCGCAGCAUUUAUUGGCAUCGUUUCUAUUUUUAACAAUGUCCCUGAUUUAAAUGUGUAUGUUAGCUUUAAGAUGCACUGACAUGAUAUAAAUAUUUGAACGGACGUGAAUUAUUUUUGAUAAAUUGCGUAUCUUAAAGGUCUGACUUUGGUGAUGGUGUUGUUGGAAAAAUAAUGUGUCUUCUGAUGGUAACACCUAGAUUGAUCAGAUGAUUUAUCAGCAGCACAGAUGUUAAAAGCAGAAAUACUGGUAAUAUAGGAAACCUAAGUUUCAGUGUUACAGCUCUAGUGUCUUGGUUUUAUUUCAUUUUAACAAUUUACUAAUCCAAGCAUCAAUAACCAGGAUCUGAUUUUUUUCAGAAUGUAUUUUAUUUAUAUUUUCAAUAUAAUUUUAUAUCUAAGGUCUGUGCUUUUCAACUUGUUGAGAAGCCAUUCUAGAGCCAUUGUUAAAUGUUCAAUAAAGCCAUGAGAAAGGU